GAACCGGUCUGCCACUCUCAGUCGCUUCCCCAUAUAGCACCGGCUCAAUACCGGUACCGCUAUUCCCCCUCCUCCUCCAUUUGGUUCGUCUUGCCCACGCUCGGGUGCUAUAGGCCCACGCCUUUCCCCUUUGACUUCCUUCCCUUCCCUCCCCUCUUCUUGCUUUGCCUUUGCCUUCACGCUUCCUCCACUCCUUGGCUGCUUUGGAUUUGCCCAUUCCUUACCGCCACUCACCCAUCCAUUCCAUCCUGCGUGUGAGACCGGUUUUUCGUAGUGCGGUGCUCUCCACUGCAGGGGCGAGAAGGGAAUCCCCCGGCUCUGGCUUGUAGAGAGGCCCCGUCCGCACUGGUUGUCUGCAUCUUCCUCUUCAACUCCCCCACUCUCUUUCCAUUCUUCUUCUUUCCCUCUAGUCCCUUUUGCGAACUCAGCAAUAGUGUUAUUCACUAUUCAAUAUUAACUAGAAGAAUUCAAACUAAAUAUCCGACAAAUCCCAAGCACUAUCGCGAUACUUCCUUUCCGCUCCGAUCCGCUAUGAGAUUUUCUCCGUGGUCGCGGCACUCCACACUGGAGGUUUCUGCUCUGGUCGUUUUCCUGUUCCCUCUGUUUUCAUGUUCCCAUAGCGCUCCGGCAACUGAGUAUAGUUCGGGGCUGAGCCUCGGGCGUCGGGCCGCUGACAGAGAGGUUAUGUGUUCGUGGAAUCGACCUCAAAGUGAGUUUUUUCUAAUAACCCAUUCGCCGCUCAGCAUGAGCUUUAGGAUAUUCCUUCUGUCUUUGGAGAGGGAAAAAGAAGAAGGAAAGGAAAAAAGGGUGAAGAUGAACGGGGAAAAAAAAACCAAACAAUCCUUAUCUAACAUGUUCACAAUGCGGCGUGAUAAACCAUAAUUAGGCGCACUCUUUCGCGACACAAUCUUCCUCGAUGGUGGUACCUUGAUCUGGCAAGUCACUGGCGACGAUGGAAAAACGACAAUAGACUCGAGUACGUAUCUUCACUUCCAUCCUGCCCAGCCAUAUCGUAACCCGUCGAGCACUCGGAGCAAGCUGACCGGCAAUGCGCAGAACCGAGACACCAGCUAUACUACCUGAACCUCACGAGUGCAUUCUCGCUAGCAAACGAUGGGAAGACGGCCAUACAGUCAACUGCUAAGCCCGAAACAAACAUGGGCACCAACUUUAAGAAUGGGUUCAUGCUAGCGAACGACUACCAGUUCAUUGUCUACGGGGGUUACAUGGAAUAUGGCGAUAAAGACCAAGCAGUCGGGCCGACAUGGUCGCUUGCGAGGGAUAUGGUACAGAACGGGGAGACACCGUUGCAGGAUCCCCCAAAAUAUCGAACCCUUACUCUCGAGAAAGUCACUCGGUAUAUUGCUGCAGGGGGUUCCGUCAAUGUGCCAUCUGAGAAUAGGGCAUAUGUAUUCAGUGGAGCAACGGUGAGUCAAGGAAUAGCCCAUUCACCCAGGAAAGGGUUCUAUAUUUAGGAACUCUACUUUUUUUUCUUUUUCUUUUUUCUUUUCCCUCCUCUAAACACUCUCCCCCCUCCCUCACAUGCUUGUUGGGUACUCGUUUACUGAUAUGCAAAACCAGGGUAGGGAUUGGGGUGAAUUUUAUUCGACGGCGUCCGCGCCCGACGAUUACAGGGCGACAUACAACAGCACCAACCUGAUAUCGGUGGAUAUGUCGACAAUGGGAAGCGAGAAGUGGGAUAACAAAACAAUCCCGUCGGGUGUUCCCGCGCGCAAGAAUGCGGAGGUUGUGUGGCUGCCUGUUGGAUCGCAGGGAACGUUGGUGGUUAUUGGAGGCGCUUUGAAUCGUGACCUCGUCUACUAUCGAACCGACGUCACCGAUGAGCAGAAGACGAUGGGGCAAGCUUUCGUCGACAAUGUCCACUUAUAUGACAUCGCCAACGACAAAUGGUACACACAGCAAACCAGUGGAGACGACAAACCGCCAGCGACAUCCGAGUUCUGCACAAGCUAUGCCGCAUCUCAAGAUGGAAAGUCAUUUCAGGUUGGUUCCUCAUAAUUCCAUUUCCUCGCCAGAUAAGAGAUGCACGUUUUAAACCGGAAGCUUCCCCGAUCCGGUGAGCGGUUGCCACCGCCGGAUCCUUGCUUGAGUGAAUUACUCGCUUACCGCGUUUAUCCUAGAUCUACGCUUACGGCGGCUGGGAAGACUUCAGCAACCUUCCUACUAAUGCUAAUCCGCCAUCGGCAAAUGUCUACGUUCUUUCGCUUCCCGCAUUCAAGUGGGUAAAGGUUUAUGACGACAAGGACUCCACUCAUGGACGAAGGGGACAUAGAUGCCAUAAGGUUGCGGAUAAUUUGAUGAUGGUUGUUGGGGGGGCGCUGGUCUCGAAUGAUAUCUGCAUUAAUGAAGGAAUUGUCAAGAUGUUCAACUUGAAUACUUUGAAGUGGGAGGACAAAUACGACCCGGCGGUUCACGAUGUCUAUAAGGUUCCAGAGGUGGUUUACAAAGCGGUUGGCGGAACGUAAGUCUUGGAAUUUUCCGACACAUACAAUCGUUGACCCUGUCCAGGGGAUGGGCUGCAUCCUAGAAAUAGUAGCAAGCUCCUGGCACCCAGCCCCCUACGAUUUAAAGGCAUUGGCUAACUUGGGGAUGAUAUAGUGAAAAGGGUGGGGCAAACGUAACCCCUUCAUCAUGGAACAGCACUGAAAUCCGGGACCUCUUCGGCAUAAAGUACACCAAGACAGUAACCAACCACUGGCCCUACCCAUCCGUCUCCGGCACCGGCACAAACCCCCCUGUAGUAAACGGCACCGUCGUCCCCGAUCCGGAUAAGUCCGACGGCGGCAUGCCAUCUUAUGUGCCACCACUUCUCGGCGCGAUCCUUGGUCUGCUCGUUCUGAUAACGGUCCUCUGCGGAAUCCUCUUUUGCCUCCGCCGCAGGAAAGCGCGAAGGAAGCGCCUACAGAGUGACUCGGCAGCCAGCACAGUGCGCAAGAACCGCCAGACAUGGUCGUGGCUCCUCGGCGUCUACGGGGACGAGAAGCGCGGUCAGGAGUGGGUGGAGCCGGCCCCCAGCGAGCCUUCAAAUCCGUUCGAUGCCUCGGUGGUCGGUAGCCCUAUGAGAGAGGAGCAGACUAAUCCUAUUGAGACGGCUGGAAGGCAGUUAUAUGAGAUGCCUGGUUUGUUCUUCCCCGCCCCUCAUCCCCUGCCUAGCAGAGUAUCACUGUAUUGUAUGUUGUGGGCAAGACUACUAACAUGACGAACCUGGGCAGACACGAGUGUCGCGCAAGAAUUGUCCUCGGGACCCGCUCCCCAACGCAGAGUCACGAUAAGUGAGCAAGUAACGGAGAUCCGCGAGGACCCACAAAACAAGAUAUCCACCGCGAACGAGUAAGGAAUACCCGAAAUCCAUCCAUAUCUACCGUCCGUCUGCGCCCCCCUUUACCCUUUGCAGAAAAAGUGAGGAAGGCAAAAGUGAAACUAAAAACAUUAGUUUUGAAGUUUAUUUUUUAUUCAUUAUUUCCUUCAAAAUUAUUUCAUGUCGUGCCAUUAUCAUUUCCCCUUCUUUCACUAUUAUACCUCUUGCCAUUUAUGUUUUAUGUGUUUCCUUAAUCCUUAGGCACUUUUAGUCCGCUAUCGUCGAGGGGAGCCAGUGGUUUUUUAUUUUUAUUUUUUGUUUCAACCAAUUCAACUACUCUCCCCCCAAUACCUUCCCAUCUCUUGCGUUUUCACGAUCCGCUCAUUUCUCCGCCCCACCCAGGGUUCUAAGGUCAGAUGGCGCGCCCAACGCAUCCAUGAUUUCCGCCACCAAUCCCAUCACCUCGGGCACCGGGACAAGUCAAGCUCCGCCUACGAGCACAAACAGAGGCUCCUCACUCACAAGGGAGGAAGGCGGCGACUCGGCCCUCACAAGACUCCUGGAAGAGGACGAGUUACAUACACCGAUAUCGCCAAGGGAUGGGGGGUAUAGGGACAAUCCUUGACCCAUUUGAGCGUUAAGAGUUGUCUCGCUUUUGCUUUCUGCGUGGGGGGUUAUAUAAAGUUUGGAUUCUCCCGCUCUUUUUUCAUUCCUUCCCUACGAAAUGGGAAAACAGAUGCUGCUUCUAUUCGUGUGUAUAUGUGAAUGGGCAAUUCUCUCUCGACUUUUUCUUUUCUCCUUCAUUUCGUAGUUUGUCUCUUUUGCUGUAUUGCCUAGCUGUCUUUUUUUCAUUUUUUUUACGGUAAAGAAAAGGGGUGUGUUUGCGUUUACCGAUAUGGCUUGUCCUUUUUUUUUUUUUUUUUUUUGUGGCUGAUUUACCGAUUUCACAUGUAUAAUGAAUGAGUAUCAUACGAAUAUGGUGUUUCGUCGGAAUGAGCUCACCCCGCCUCCUUAUCCUGUUUUGUAUCUCCUCACCCCUCAGGCUUCAUGCCCUAUCUAUUCAUGCGAGCACGUCUACUCGUCCAUCCCGUUCCACCAUUCAUGGAAAUUUAACAAAUCAAUUCGCUUCGUUGUCUUGUCUCGUCGCCUCGACGGGCAACCAGAAAGGCAGACUGACAGACAAGCUUCUUUAUCCAUGCG